AGUAGACUGGUGUGUUCCAGGAGAAACACAUUUUUCGAUCCAUAUUUAUAUUUAUUUAGAACGUAAUUCGGUACAAAGAAAAAUAUGACAGUGAUUUUCUCAAACUGCUGUUUAAUUGACAAGUGAUUAAAACCAUGGAAUGGAAAAUCGGGAGAAAUGAGAAAGAUAUUAUGAAAUUUCAAGGGUCAAGCAAGGUUUCUUCUCCAUUUUAUGAGCCUCCCCAGAGAAAGACCAGUGCUGAAAUCAUCAACGAAGCUAGAGUUGCUAUUAGAGAAUCUCAAAUGGCCGAAAAAAAUUUUGCUCAGCCUUCUAUUAAACCUCUACAAACUGAAAGACCAUAUACGCCACGAGAUAAAGAAAGGUUGCUCUUCGGAAAUAAAAUUAAAUCAAAUCGUCCUCCAAGUUCGUUCAGUCUCCAGUAUUUACAAAAUGAAACUGAUCUACCCACGACACCUCCGGAUAGCACGAGCCUGUUAACUCCGAACUUGAUAACAUCCAGGACGCUCAUAACUCCACCAAAAAAUCCAAACAAGGUCGUCAAUCAUAUGCGAUCAAACUCAGUAUCUGAAAUAAACGAUCAAAUAUUUAAUAUUGCUGUAAAGGAUUCUUUGCAUAAAAUCAAACUACCUUCUUUGGAUAAUUGUAAACCAUUACCGAAAAGAAAAAUCUUCAAGAAUACUUCACUAGACAACCUUCCGGAAGAAAACGAAUAUCAAACGGAGUCUCAAAAAAACGAAGGUCGUAAAGCAUUUAGCUCACCACAAGAACGUACGGAUUCGAAUGAUUCUGAUCGUGUGUUCGGAAAACCGUCCUUACAUAAGAGAAAUCUCUCACAAUGUCUACUUUUGGGUCCACAAAAUUUGGAAAAAAUUUUUGACAAUAAACAAAUUAUUGAAAACUCUCAAACGCUGUUUCUCAACACAGGUUAUUUUACAAGUCAAUUACAUAACUCCAAUUAUUUGAAGGUGGAUAAUAAAAAAGAAAAAACCUUUGAAGAUGUCCUCUUAGAACUAAAUUCUGAAAACGAGAAAAAAUGUGGAGAAGAACGUAUCAUCAAGUUAUUGGGAGAGUUAUACGAUUGCAUGGAUAUGGAAAACAUGAUCAAUCAAAAGGUGGCUUCUAAUACAAAAAUAAGAAUUUUAAAAUGUUUGUACAGAUUUGUAGAGUCAAGAAAUGAACACAUAUUAAUUUCUAUCGCAAAGAUUAUUCUAGCUAUAAAAGUAACAGGAAACAACUUGAGUGGUGUUUGUAAAUUAAUUUUUAAAGUUGCGAAAAUUGAUAAAAAUGAUCAUCUGUUCUUCCAAAAAAAUUUGUUAGAGCUGUUUCUUGAUGCUCUUGGAAGAUCAAGUCCGCUUGAUGAUGCAGAAGCUUGUGUAUAUGGGUACGGAGCUGUUAAAUUCUUAACAAUGAAUCAGAAGUUAUUGGAAAAAAUUUUAAGCUUAGGUAUAUUACAGCUCAUGGUGUUGCACAUGAAAAUAAUCAAUGUUACAAAAGAAGAGAAAAGCGUUAUACCAGAUCAAUCGCAUCACGCUUUAUAUCAACUAACCGGUGCUCUAAGAAAUUUAGUAUCCGAAGAACGUAUGUAUGAUUCGUUUAUCGAAUGUGGGACUAUACCUCAACUUUGCCUGACCCUCGAAAUAUUCGCUUCUGAUCUGGAUAUAGUUGCAAACAUAUCUCGGACAAUGAGUAUAAUUUCUACAAAUGAGUGCUGUUGUGACGUUAUUAUCGAGUAUAGAAAUAUAUAUAAAGUUCUGAUUAAUUUGUUCGAUAAAUAUCCAGGCAAUGAGGAAAUCAUAAUCCGCUUAACUUAUACUUUGGGAAAUAUAGUUUCUAAAAUUGAUAAUACCCGAGUACAGUUUUUCCACGAAGAAAACUCUAUAGAAAGUCUUGUUAAUCUGUGGAAAAUAUAUUUGGAGCGUACACUGAAAAACUGUUCGAUGAAACUAGACACCUCUGAUGAACUUAAUAGUAAUAGCGAAGACGUUAUGAUUAAGAUUAUUAGAGUAAUAGCGAAUAUGGUUAUAAAUCCAGAAAUCGGAAGACAACUGAAUGAAAAAUAUGGCAAUCAACUAAUUGAAGAAAUCCUCAAAGUUCUUAUAAGUAAUCCAUUUAAGAAAAACGAAGACCUGGUUUUAUCAAUACUGAGUACUUUGAACAACUUAUCUUAUUAUUAUACCAGUGAUUUGGAAGCUGAUAUAUUUCAUAUCAAGCAAGUUGAUAUAGUCGAAGCUAUAACCGAGUACGCAAAAUCGAGGAAUAAAGAUUGUGUAAUUGAAACAAUGAGAAUUUUAGGAAACUUGUCAAGAUCUAAAAUAACCAGAAAAUAUAUUACAGAAAGUGAAGUUUUUGGAAUCCUCAUUGAAUUACUAGACAGCGGAGCUCGUUCUCAACUGAAAACUACUGUAGGGGUAUUCGUUAACUUAAUGUCUGAUAACAGGUCCAGAACUUUAUUCAAAGACAGCGGAGGAGUUGCUAAGCUGAUCAAAAUAUUAUCAACGGAAUGUGGAAACGAUUGGUCAUUAGAAAAUCUAAUAUGCCAAGUACUGUGGAAUUAUUGUAUCGACAUAGUUGACCUACACGAGCUUUUUUCUGAUUCGGAAAUACAUAAAUUACUAGUCUUGUUAGCAGAUCACUUGGAUGAAGAAAAGAUAUUCGGCAUCGAAGAGCAUACGGAAGAUAUGAAUGUCUUCGUUACACAAGAUUACUUAAUCUGGGAAGAAUUCGCAAACGUAGCAACGAACUUAUUGGAAAAAAUCGAAUUUUUCUUAGACACAUUCGACCAAAUAACACACGUAGACAAAUCUCCGGUGGAAAAUCUAAAAACUAAAGACUCUAGCACUAAUAUUAGUUUAUCUGCUUGGUAAAAGUUAAGAAAUAUUUUCACAAAUCCAAAAUGAUAAUUCCAUAAAAAGAUUGGGUUCUUAUCUAAUCAGAUGUAGGCAUUGAUAAGUUGUUAAGAAAAUAUCACACCAAAGAUAUUCAACUAGUCCUAUUUAUGUGUAGCUUAUAUUAGCAUCAUCUCGAUAAAUCAAUUGACAAGUAAUUCUUUUAAAAUGGUUUAUAUCCUAUUUCAAAAAAUUUGAAUAUGUUUAAGUGUAUAAUUUGGAAAGAACUUUCGGAAAGUGUAUUUUAUCAAGAUAAUGUCAAAGGUUAUAGAGAACUAUUCGCCUUUUAAUUGAAUAUUAAAGAGAGACCAAAAGAUUACUUUUCUACAAAGUCUCCAAACAAUUUGAAGCAAUUAUCUUAGCGGUAGACAAACUUUAAUUCCUUCGCGUAGAUACCUCGGGGUAGUACGGUCUUCUAUAUAUUUGAACUUUAAUUGAACACAAUUUACGUAUUUUUGAAAUGUUAUUUUGGAUUUUCCAAAAGAAUUUGAUUUGGUAAAGAUGAAUUCUGAUUAAAAUUUUUUAGUUUAGUCAUGAUGUUCGCUAUUUAUCACGUUGGAUUAAAGCAAUUCUGAUUUUAUAAUAAAUGAUUAAUUACUAUACAGUAAUUCCCCGGACUUACGCGGUAGGUGGGUCGGAGCGAUUGCCGUGUAAGUCGAAUUCCACGUGGAACACCUGUUUAAACCUGUCGCAAACUGAACACUGAGAGGGCGGAGCGAGAGAGCCGUUGCGGGCGGCAAUCAAAAUGAAAAAACGGGGUAGCGUAAGUCGGGGUAUUAUUGUACAUGAAAUAAAUUUCUAUUAGGUAUACAGAGUGAGUUUUAUGUAUGGAACGCCUCAAUUAUCUCGGACACGGUACAAUUUUCAUAAAUUUUUGUGCACAACGGUCUUGUGAUACUACGGAUAUUAUUGUGGUAUUUACAUUGUUGUCAGAUCUUUCCUUUUUCCGAAAAUAUAAUGAACUUUGUUAUUUCAAAUGGGUCACCCUAUAUAUUUUGUGUUUUUAGAAAUGUUUAAAAAAUACUGAUUAUUUAUUUCGGAGUUAUAGCUACAUUUACAGUAUCUGCACCAAAGUUGAAUGAAUAUUGUACAUUUAGAUGGCUACGAUUGAAUAAACUGGUUUAAUUUGAAUAUUAUUUAAUAAUUGAUGUGCUAAUACAAAUCUCGUAACAAGGUCUAGUGUCAGUAAGUUAGAAAAAAAAAAGAAACUGUAUCGUUUUGAUUAUAACAUUUUUCCAUUAUUAGGGCUUGCAAACUCUUUACGUAUAUCAAAAUCGUCAUCUGACAUCUCUUGAACCAUAGUUACUUGGUAUGGAUGGAAUUUAUUACCACGUAAAAUUUUCAUUGCGAAUGUUUGCAAAAGUUUGGAUAUUUGUCUAGUACUCAAGUGUGGAUCGUCUUCUAACAGGACACAAACAUCUAAAUAUUUGUUUUCAGUUUUUCUACGCCCUGAUUUGGAUAAAUCUUUCACUGAACCAAUUUCAUUAAACUUUUUUACUUAUUCACUAACAGAAGAUCUUGUUAUGGGAUUUCAGUUAGGUUUCCAUUUUAAUUCAAAUUUCCCCUGGGAAAAAAUAGUUGUUAUAAUUUUAAAGAUAUUAAUGUAGGAGCAUUGUUGAUAUUAUUGUUCUAUUUUGUUGCUUCUUUCAUAUUUUAUAUAAAAGUUGUAUUUAUAUAUUUAUAUUAUACAAAAAAUAUAUCAAUAACUUAUAUCCCUA